GCCAGCAAGACCCACCAAACUUGUUGUGUUAGGACGUUGCCGCUGUCCACUGUAUCGUACCAGUCUGCGAGCGAGCAAGCCAAGCUAGUUUAGAGCGGAACCUCGUCGUGUGCAGAGCACUUCAGUGUGGUUCGUUGAAUGCAGACAUCGAAGGCGGCGGCGAUAAGUCCCCCAAAGCCUGUGCGCUUGAUCUGCUUUCGUUGCGUACGUACUCAUAUGUCUGGUUCGUGGUGAUCGUGAUCGUUGUCUUCGUCAUCAAAGUUGGCCUGCCUAGGGAAAAGCUCCUCCUACUUGUGCCUUAUCGGGGGUUUCAGCGAUCGGAAUGUAACUAGUUAUCAAUCGUUCGAAAAUGGAGAAAAGUGUUUGAAUGUGAAAAAUUGUCAAAUCAAUGUGGCUCUGGGAAAAAGUUAAGUGAAAUGUAAAAAAUAUGUUCAAAGUGAGAGCAGAAAUUUAACACACAUACCAGUAUACGUGAACGUGGUGCGUGAAAAUACAACGUCUGUGCGAUUUGAGAGAGAGAGAGAGAAAGGGACAGCAGAUUCCCGACAAUCGAGACAGUAGCAAAAAUGACGACUUUCUUGUCGCGGAAAUGUAAAAUAUUCUUCAACACUGCAGCGGUUCGAUGGAAAUUCGGACCCGGAAUGAUCCUGGUGCAGUUCGCUCUAGUCUAUGCACUAUGUGCUAUCGGUGCUGAUUCUCAAAAACCGGAAGAUGGCCCGUAUCGGGGCAAGUACAUUGGCAAAUUCAACUCCUACCAUCAUCAGGCAUCCGGGGACGUGUACGCCGUAGAUGAGUACACAUUUCUACUGACAGGGUUCAACUACGACGGCAACGGGGUGGACACGUUCUUCUGGUCCGGUGCUAGCAACCGACCCGGACCUCAGGGCUUCAUCGUACCGGAUGAGUUCGGAAAGACAAACAUCCUCGAGCGGUACUUCAACAAGGAUUUCACGCUGAGGCUGCCGGACAACAAGAAGAUCACCGAGGUUAAGUGGUUGGCCAUCUACGAUCUGAACUCGCAGAACAACUUCGCCGACGUGUACAUCCCGGAGGACUUUGAGCCGCCGGUGCCGCAGAAGGCCGGCAGUUUGUCGCGGAACAGCCACGGCGUGAGUAGUGAAGCGAUCGACAUCUUGGAUUCGAAGACGAUCCGGAUACCGGAGUUCAGCUACGAUGGGAAGGGUAAAGAGGUGCACUUCUGGGUGGGCGUUGGACCUUCACCGUCCUCCAAGGGGCGGAAAAUUCCGGAUGAGAUGGGAUAUUUGGACCCUAUUCGGGCAUACGAUCGGGAGACAAUAACCCUAGAGUUGCCGGGCGAUAUGACCAUCUUCGACAUCGAUUGGUUCUCGGUGUACGACGUGGAAACGAAGGAAGAUUUUGGUUCCAUUUUGAUUUCGGACGAUUUGAACGUGCCGCCGUCGUUGGUCAAGAUAACUCCGCACAUCGAAUCGCUGCCGAACUGUCGGCAACUGCACAAGGACUACCGGGUUUCGUGGGAGGUUUUUGGACCGCAGAUAACGCUGCAGCUGGCGGGUAAUGUGAAGGAGGAUGAGUACAUGGCCUUUGGAAUAAGCGGGGCGGACGAUAAAAGUCAGAUGCAGGGAGCUGACGUAGCGGUAGCAUAUAUUGAAGGACAUCAGGGUUAUGCGGUGGAUUACAACAUAACCUCAUUGGCGCCAUGUGUUCAAGUUUUGGGUCAAAACAAGGGAGUUUGUCGGGAUGACGUCGUUGGAGGUCAAGACAGUUAUCAGUUGCAUACGUUUAACCGAGAGAACGGCAUUAACACAAUCACUUUCCGAAGGAUGCUGAUUUCCCCGGAUAAUGGAGACAAGACGUUUGUGUUGGACCGUUCAAUGUACAUGAUUUGGGCCAUGGGCAGGCUGGAUUCAAACAACGAGCCGACAUACCAUGAUAUCUACCCGAAAAAGGAUAUUGUGAUUUCUUUCAAUACCUCGGAGCCAGUUAACGAUUGCUUCAGCUUUACACGCAGCGAAGUCAACCUGAAGGACGUCUGGGAGAAGGCGCAGAUCUUCGAUCGGACGAUACGAUCGUUCACGGCUACGCUUGGUCCAGCGGGAGGAAAACGAGGCUACCAAGGUAUCACCGGACACGUCUCCAAUGGUUUGGCGUGGUACAUCAACGGACUCUUGGUACCAGAAUUGUGGCUUCGAAGAGGUUUGACAUACUCAUUCAAGGUUCGCGGAGGCAACAAUCCCCACUCGCCGGAGUUCUACCACCCGUUGGUUAUCACAGACGAACCGCGCGGAGGAUUUGACCGUCUGUCGGACGCCAAGCAGAGUGAAAUCCGUGUCCUAGCGGGCGUGGAGUUCACUCGUCGUGGACGUCCUAAGCCAACGGCAGCUGGUCCGCGUUGUUUGGCAGAGCAUCCGCCUAAUCAGGAUCGUCGAUUGGACGAUAACUUUGCUACGUUCAAGAAGUUCAACCGAACGCUCCGAUGGAGCUGCGAGAAGGGCGAUCCGGCGAUCUUGGAGAUCACGCCCAACUCGAGCUGGCCCGACGUGGUGUACUACAACAGUUUUACCCACGCCAACAUGGGCUGGAAGAUCCACAUCAUAGAUAGUUAUAGUAGCUCGGCGAGAAACGGCGCAGGUGCUGCGCCGUGGGUUGAGAUAAGACUGAUGGUUGGGAUCGUAGCGGCCACUGCUACGCUGCUGAUGGGUGGAUUAGUCUCAGGUAGAUAGCCGAUUGGGAGAGAUUUAAUUAUUUGUUCGUUUUUCGUUGAUUCGUAGGAGUAGAAUUCAUCAGACGGUAGAAUUAUUGUUCGAGAAAAUAAAUGUCAUGAAGAGAAACGGUG